AUGAAGAAAUCAAGUGCUGGUUCAUCUGUUAUCAUUAUUGCUCUGGUUAAUCUGCUGCUACUACCAAAUGCAUCGUUGGGGGAUCCAAGAGCUCAGGUGUCUAAGAUUAUGUGCGGGAACCAAAUUGCGAUAAACAACACCAAUUUUAUCCAAAACUUUGUGUCAACAAUGGAAAAUCUAAGUGCCCAAUUGCCAACUUCAAGUUUUGGUAUAGCAGAAUCAGGCUCAGGAGUUGACACGGAUCAUGGACUUGUACAGUGCUAUGGUGAUCUUUCUUCAACUGAAUGUGUAUUAUGCUUCGCUCAAGCGCGCACUAUUAUGCCUCGAUGCUACCCUUUCAACAGCGCAAAGGUUUUCCUUGAUGGCUGCUUUUUGCGAACUGAGAUUUACAGUUUCUUUCAGGAGUAUACUGGACCAAACGACAUUGCUGUCUGUAAUAAUAGUACCAGAAAGAAUUCGGCAUUUCAGGCAUCAGCUAGACAGGCUGUGUCACAGGCAGUUUCAAAAGCACUAAACAACAGUGGCUAUGGACGGGCUCAAGUGCCCGUGGCUGGGACAUUAAAUGAGUCCGCUUAUGUUCUUGCUAACUGCUGGAGAACACUAAGUGAUAGUUCUUGCAGAGCUUGUAUUGAAAAUGCGUCUGCAUCUAUAUUGGGAUGUUUGCCAUGGUCCGAGGGUCGGGCACUGUACACAGGGUGCUUUAUGAGGUACUCAGACACCAACUUUCUUAAUCCUAUACCGGGAAACAGAAGUUCAACAGGGAAAACAGAAAUUAUAAUAGUGGCAGCUGUUAGUUUGACCGUUGUUUUGAUUAUUGGAGCAGUCCUUGGAGUUUAUAUUUCGAAGCGCAGAACAAUACAGAAGAAGAGAAAAGGUUGGGAUGAUCCUAAAGAACUAGUGAAGACCCUUCAUGACAGCAGCUUGAACUUCAAAUAUUCCACACUUGAAAAAGCAACUGAUUAUUUUAAUGAAGCCAACAAGCUUGGGCAAGGUGGAUUUGCCACAGUGUAUAAGGGAGUUUUGCAAGAUGGAAGAGAGAUUGCCGUCAAGAGGCUUUUCUUUCACAAUAAACAAAGAGCAGCAAAUUUCUACAAUGAAGUCAACAUUAUUAGUAGCAUCGAGCACAAAAAUCUGGUCAGGUUGUUGGGAUGCAGUUGCUCUGGACCUGAAAGUCUUCUUGUAUAUGAAUUUUUACCAAACAAGAGUCUUGAUUGCUUUAUAUUUGAUUCAAGGAAAGGUAAAGAACUAAACUGGGAGAAGAGAUAUGAGAUAAUUAUAGGGACUGCAGAAGGGUCUUUUCAAGACGAUAAAAGUCAUAUUAGCACUGUCAUUGCAGGAACAUUAGGAUAUAUGGCUCCAGAGUAUGUAGCCCAUGGCCAAUUAACGGAAAAAGCAGAUGUGUAUGGCUUUGGUGUACUUCUGCUUGAAAUUGUCACUGGCAGGCAGAAUAACAGGAGCAAAGCAUUAGAGUACUCAGACAGCUUGUUAAGUAUUGCAUGGAAGCACUUUCAGCAAGGAGCAGUAGACGAACUGUUCGAUGCAAACUUAAUGCUGCAUAACUAUCAUAAUGUCGAUGUUAAAAAGGAGAUUCUAAGGGUUGUUCAUGUUGGACUUCUGUGCACCCAAGAGAUCCCGUCCCUACGACCAUCCAUGUCUAAAGCACUACAGAUGCUGGUGAAGAAAGAAGAGCACCUUCCUGCACCAACUAAUCCCCCUUACGUAUGUCUGACCCAGGAACUUAAUGACACAUGUGAAGACCAAUAUUUACCACUCGAUUACAGCGAUCGUGCAUCAAUCUCUACCGUUACCCAUAGUACUUUCUAUCCCAGAUGA